AUGUUGGAAAAUUGGCGCAAUUGGUGUCGAUUGUGUGGAAAAAGUGACUCAACUGAAGGAAGCUCUAUUUAUAAAAUGGAAUCCAUUGAAAGGCAAUUGGAGAUUGUAAAUAAACAUUUAACGAUAUCGCUCCUUCCUUUGGACGGGAGUCUCUGCUCCAUGUGCAAUGAUUGUUGUACCUUCGUGAAAAAGUUAGAAACUUUCAGCGAACUUUGUCUGAAAACAGAACAAAUGUUCAAAGAAUUAAUCACCAGAGGACCAAUUUCCGAGUCAGAUAUUCACGUAAUUCGUUCCAAACAUGGAAUUGAUAAUGAAGAAAUUAAAUAUAGUUGUUCCAUUGCGGAAUCGGAAGACGCACAAAUGGAAAUAAUUAAAGAUGAUCCAAUGCUGUCAAAUAGAUCAAUAGAUCUUCAAGAAUUUCCCCAUGUCGCGGUGAAGAAAGAAGUAAAUGAUGUAGAAGUAAUUGCAAAGCUCAGAAAACGUGGACGCCCACGUAAAAGAAAUCAAACUACGAAUGUACCUAAAACUUUAAUUAAAAAGGAAACUGAACCCAUUGAAAGUGAUGACGAUUGUCGAAAUAGCGACGAUGAACAUAAUUCCGAGGAUAUUUCUAGUUUCAAUCACAAAGAUUCUGUUCGAGAAAACAGAGAUGAAGCUACAUUUUUGCCGAAACGAAAGAGAAUCUGGAAGGGACCAAGAGAGAAGAAACAUUUCUGUCCAACAUGCUCUAUGAAAUUCAAUCGUCCGCAUUUACUGAGAGAGCACGUAAUUGAGGAGCAUCAGCAGGAGAAAAUGGCCUUUUCAUGUCACACCUGCUCAAAACGCUUCUCAUGCAAGAGAAAAUUAACCCUGCACGAGAUCAGCCAUCUUCCUAUGCGCGAAGGCUUGAUUUAUCCUUGCCCGCAUUGCGAUAAGAAGUUCAAUCACAAGUACAAAAUCCCCUCACACAUCCGCGCUAUGCACUCUGGUGAUAAGCCAUUUGUUUGCGAAGAAUGUGGUAACUCAUUCAAGACCAAAGGUGCCCUCAAUGCUCAUCAAAUCAGUCACAUUGACGAGCGUCCCUUCCAAUGUGAAAACUGUUUGAAAAAAUUCAAAACUCAGCGUGCCCUCAAGAAACACGACAAAGAUACGCAUAAAGAAACCCUUCACGACUGCCCACAUUGCGAACUAAAACUCAAGAGUUCGAGAACACUAAAAAUGCACCUCCUCGUUCAUUCUGAUGUUAAGAAUUUCAAAUGCAACUACUGCGGAAGUGAAUUCAAACGUCGAAAAACUCUCAAAGAUCAUCUUAUCCUACAUACUGGUCAACGACCCUACGAAUGUCCUUUCUGUGAUAAAACAUUCGCCAAUGGUUCUAAUUUGAUAAGUCACAAAAAGAAGUCUCAUUCCAUCCAAUUGGCAGCUCAGGAAGCAUCUGGAGAGCAACCACGGAUUGUUGUUCUUCCGAGACUUGAACAGUUGCAACCAAAGGAAGUGUUUUCAUCAGUACAGGACUGCGAAGCAGCAAAUAGCUGUUAAUUUAAUGGAUAAUUUAUGAAUAAGUAAUAAAAUCUCGAGUUAUGACCGAU